AAAACUCCUCCGUCUCCCUCAAACUCUGUGUGCCUCAGCUGCUGCUACUACUGCAUUUUCCGCCUCAUUGCCCUCUGGUUAGGUAUCUUCCGGUGUAAUCAAAACCAACCAUGGCGGACAAGGCAGUCACCAUCCGAACCAGGAAGUUCAUGACCAACCGCCUUCUCUCUCGCAAGCAAUUCGUCAUUGAUGUUCUUCAUCCAGGCAGGCCAAAUGUUUCCAAGGCUGAGCUGAAGGAGAAGCUGGCAAGACUCUAUGAGGUCAAGGAUCCGAACGCAAUCUUUGUUUUCAAGUUCAGGACCCACUUUGGUGGUGGCAAAUCUACUGGAUUUGGAUUGAUUUAUGACUCUGUUGAAAACGCGAAGAAGUAUGAGCCCAAGUACAGGUUGAUCAGGAACGGACUGGAUACUAAAGUAGAGAAGUCAAGAAAGCAAUUGAAGGAGAGAAAGAACAGAGCCAAGAAGAUCCGAGGAGUAAAGAAGACCAAGGCUUCAGAUGCUGCCAAGACAAAGAAGAAAUGAGUGUUAGUGAUUUCGGUUCUAGUUUUUGUUCAUGUUUUGCCUUUAGGAAGUGUUCCUUCAUUGUGGAUUUUAGAGAGCCAUCUACUAUUUAGUUAUCGACUUUCGUUUAUGAUGAGGACAGAUUUAUCAUAUUAAGUAGCAACAGAUUUCAGAUUACUUAUCGACUUUCGUUUAUUUGUGAUCUCGAAGCGAAGAUACUUCUUAAUCUUCUAAUGAACGACAAUUUAAUCGCGGAUAUAGUCUUUGAUGAA